AAAAAAAUACUUUGACACUUGGCCGCGUAUAUUACACUUGGGCAGGAUGCAGUUUUAUUACACCAAUGAUUGGUUGUCUGUUUAUCGGAAGGAUUUUCCAAGACAUCCUGUUGAAGCAAUACCUCAAAAAGUUCAAAAAUCAGAGCCUCUAUUUGCACCAUUUCGUCAACCCCAACAUUUAAAAGUGGAUAAUUGUAAACAUUUACCAAAUGAGCCUAGUGAAAGUAAAUCAGAAUUUUUAAAACGGAAUCCAGUUUUAGCGGAAAGAUACUUCAAAAAGGAACUAUACGACAAAUUAUUGUGCAGAGAGUAUGAUAGAAGUUUACAAAGCUUAUAUCAAAGGGAUAUUUGCCGUGAAGACGAUAUCGUACAAAAAGGAAAACGGUCUGAUAACGAUCCUCAUGCAAUCUUACCAGAUAAUUGGCACUAUCCAAUAACAAGUCACACAUGUUCUUAUAGGAAUCCAAAAUUGUUGAUUGAUGUUGAUGUUCGCGGUCACAAUAUGAAAAGAAAAGAGAAAGACGCAUUUGUAUUCAGUGAACCUGGACAAAUUUAG